GUCCUGCCUGGUGUGUAUGGCGUCUUACUGUGAGAGUCACCUGGAGACAGCAGCAGCCCUGAGUAAACAUACGCUGAUUGAACCAGUCAGCAACCCGGAGGACAGGAGAUGUAAGAAGCACGAGAAGAUCCUCGAGCUGUUCUGUAAGGAGGGAAAGUUCAUAUGUCAGAUCUGCGCAGAGGCCUGUGCACAGCAGAAAAUGGAGCAUGCAGGUGUUCAUGUCUGUCAUGGAAGCCGUCAAGAAGACCCACAAAGAGCUCAAGAGGAAUUCAAGCAAGCCUACGCACUUCCAUCAACUCAAACCUGGCCAAGCGUCCCCAUGAAUGAGGUGGAUUUCUUGGGUUAUAUACAGACGUCUUUGAUCAGUGCGAGAGAGUUCAUCGACCUUGAAAUUAGAGCACAGUCAGCCGCUGGGCUUAAAAAAGUGCAGACAUUUGCAGCGGACGUCACCACUGACCCCAACACUGCAGGGCCCUGGCUUAUCAUCUCUGAAGACGGGAAAGAGGUUCAUGGAAAACACUUCUGUCGUUGCUACACAGGGUCUAACCACAGGCAGGCAUUAGUGGGAGGUCGAGGUGAAAGAGAAAUCCAACUGGGUGCUGGGAGUCGCUUCUGGAAAUCUGAAGAACAGAUCGCACCGGCUCCGGAAAAACGGCUUGUGGAAUCCAAUCACUUUAACGCUGUCUCCUCCUUCGCAGAGGGUGGGGGUGUUUGUGGAUUACGAGGAGAGAGAGGUGUAGUUCAUCGACGUGGAGGCCCAGACUCACAUCUACACCUUCACAAAGUGCAGCUUCAAAGGCAGGAUCUACCCCAUCUUUGAUCCGUGCUUGGCGGCAGAAAAGACGGAGGCAGCUCCUCUUAGAAUCAACUUCGACUUGAAAUCAAGCAGUUA